CGAAGCCUCCCAGUAUCGAAGUACAAUCACCAGUAUCGCAGCCUGCACACGCACGGCUGCCUCCUACCACCGCACACUAUCGCUACCGGAAAGAACGCCGUCAGCCCACCACCGACUGCCAUCCCCGCACUCAGCGCAGCGACACUUAGGCUCCGACGUUGCAGCACCGCGCAACCCACCGUGACAGCAAUCAACGUUGCACCACUUUUGCAACCAACGUGACAGCAAUCACAAACACCCACGCACGUCGGAGAUCAACCCAGCUUCCGCACAACUUCUGCACAGCUUCUGUCACAAAAUUAAAUUCUGACAAACGAGAUUGAAAGAUGGCUCGUAAUGAAGAGAAAGCCCAGUCAAUGCUGAACAGAUUCAUUACGCUCAAAGCUGAGGAAAAAAAGAAGCCAAAAGAGCGUCGUCCCUUCCUUGCCUCUGAAUGCCGUGACCUCGCUGAGGCUGACAGGUGGCGCCAGCAGAUCAUGCGCGAGAUCGGCCGCAAGGUUGCUGAAAUCCAAAACGAAGGCCUUGGUGAGCACCGCCUCCGUGACCUUAAUGACGAGAUUAACAAACUAAUCCGGGAAAAAUCCCAUUGGGAACGACGCAUUGUCGAGCUUGGUGGGCCCAAUUAUGCCAAACAUGCCGCUAAAAUGACGGACCUAGAAGGAAACAUAGUGGAUGUUCCUAACCCUAGCGGACGUGGGCCAGGAUACCGAUACUUUGGGGCAGCAAAGAAGUUGCCAGGAGUGAGGGAGCUGUUUGAGAAACCUCCAGAGUUGAGAAAAAGGAGGACUCGGUAUGAUAUAUAUAAGAGGAUCGACGCGAGUUAUUAUGGGUAUAGGGAUGAGGAGGAUGGGGUGUUGGAGAAGGUGGAGGGGCCAGCAGAGGAGAAGAUGAGAGCAGAGGCAGUAGAGGAGUGGAGGAGAGUGGAGGAGGUGAGGAGGGAGGCAAGGAAGGCAGUGAAGAGUGGGGAGGUGGUGAGUGUGGCGAAGGAGGUGUUGUUUGAGGGAAUGGAGGAGGAGGUGGAAGAAGAGGAUAGGAGGAAUAGGGAGAAAGUGGAGAAGGAGGAGAUGGAGAGGGAAGGGAGGAGGGAAUUUGUGGCGCACGUGCCAUUGCCAGAUGAGAAGGAAAUAGAGAGAAUGGUUUUGGAGAAGAAGAAGAUGGAGCUGUUGAGUAAGUAUGUGAGUGAGGGGUUGUUAGAGGAGCAGAGUGAGGCCAAAGCUAUGCUUAAUAUUCAGCGCUAGAUCUGUCUUUGCUGGUGCUGCACGUUUAUUGUUGAGCCUCGAGUGAGUGCACACAGACAAAUGGUGACAUCUAUGCUUGGGUCCUGUUGGAUUUGCUCUUAGGUCAUGUUGAUGCUGAUAGUGAUUUAGAUCAAAAGGCUUUUGGGACCGGAGAACUGCUAUUUUAAGUUGUUGCAUGUUGCCUCUAGAUUGAGGAUUUCAGAAUGUGAUUACCAUAAACUGUUAUUAUGUUCUUGUUUAACAUUCCAUGUAUUAUCUGUGAUUGGUUUCUACUGUAAGACUACUUAUGUCCACAGUUUGUCAUUUCAAAUUUAUUGAGUUGCUAGGUUUUUAUU